AAAGAGAGAGAAAGAAAAUGUGUGGAAGAAAUUGAUUGAUUGAGAUUUUUGUAGUAUUGUGGUUUGUGAAGCGAAUGACACAGUCCACAUGAACAAACCAAAACUAAGAACACUAAAAUUCCACAUCACAUUUCUUUCUCUCAACAGAAGAAGGAUAGAAGACAAUGGUUGUGACCUGUGAAACAUGAAAAAGAAGAGUGUAUUAUUAUUAUUAUCAUUAUUAUGCAUCUUCAAUGGCAUCAUCAUUAUGUUAUAAUGUUUACAAUGCCUUUUCAUUUUCACCAACAACUAGAGUAUUCCCUUUUAUGUUAAAGCCAUCAUCAUCUUUCAGAUGCUCCUCCUCUUCCUCCAUCACUACUACUAAUUCCACUCCAUCCUACAAUUCCCUUGUUUAUGAGACUGUUAGGCUCUUGGGUCCUCCAGCAAAAUUUGAAGCUACAAAACUGAAGGUUGUUCUAUUGGAAGAUCAGAUUAACAGAUAUGCAAGUAUUAUUCCAAGAACCUACAUUCUAUCCCACUGUGACUUAACAGCUAAUCUCACUUUAGCUGUUUCCAAUGUCAUCAAAUUAGAGCAGUUGAGAGGGUGGUAUGAGAAGGAUGAUGUUGUAGCUGAAUGGAAGAAAGUGAAAAAUGAAAUGUGCCUGCAUGUUCAUUGCUUUGUCAGUGGUCCCACCUUCCUGGAUCUAGCUGCUGAAUUUCGAUAUCACAUAUUCUCCAAGGAAAUGACUUUGGUACUCAAAGCAAUUCAAUAUGGAGAUUCUGUACUUUUCCAAGAGCAUCCAGAAUUGCUGGAUUCUAUAGUCCGAGUAUAUUUCCAUUCUAGCUCAAAAAAAUACAAUAGAAUGGAAUGUUGGGGGCCUCUAAAGGAUGCAAUGGAGGGAAAACGAGCGGAUCAGUUACAAGGGUUGAUAAACAGAGAUCGUCCUCCUGAAAAGUUGGGAAGCCCAAUGUCCAACUUCCAGGCUCUUUUUGCUUUUCUUCUUUCAAAUGUAUUACUGGUAACUUGGUUGAUUUGUUUAUAUCCCGAUUCUUUCCUCAGCUAGAACUUUGGGUGGUUUAGACAAAGCAAAAGUCUGCUUGCAAGAAUGACUCCAAGAGGACAGUGUAAAAUUGCAAAAAAGCAUAUUUCUUGUGCACAAAGGAAAUUUGCUUAUUAUGAGUUAUGUAAUUAUCAAGUAAAUGUUUUAACAGGUUCGAUUAAAUCCCACUCAAUGAUAUGAGUUAUCAAAUUUGAUCCUUAA